UGCUUUGCAACUAACUAAAUUUAGUUGUACAAGGAACAAAAUAUAAUUCACUUUAUUCAAUUUAUUUUGUUCAGGUACUUUCUAGGAUAACUGAUUAAUUAGCUGACUGUUACAUUUUCAUUUCUGUACUAGACUUUCAAACUGCAGUAUCACAGAAGAAGGUUAUAAAGCUCUGGCUUCAGCUCUGAGAUCAAACCCAUCUCACCUGAUAGAGCUGGAUCUCACAGGAAAUGAUCCUGGACAAUCAGGAGUGAAAGAGCUCGAUGAUUUACUACAGGAUCCAAACUGCCAACUGAAGACACUGAGGUUUCUGAGUUCUGCUGCAGAUGAAGCCUGUCAGUAUGUGAAAAGAGUGGUGGGUAAAAACCCGUUACUCCUGAGACAGCUGAAUCUGAGUAAACAUGAGCUAGGAGACACACAAGUAAAUCAGAUCGCUGCUCUACUGCAGGAUAAACACUGUCAACUCAACAAACUAAUUUUGCGUGAAUGCAGUAUUACAGAGAAACAGUGUGUCAUCCUGACUUCAGCUCUGAAAUUAAACCCAUCACACCUGAGAUAUCUGGACCUCAGUGUGAAUAAAAUAAGAAACACAGGAGUGAAUGACUUGUGUGAUGUACUGAAGGAUUCACACUGUAAACUGGAGAGACUGAGGUUCAGUGACUGUGAUCUGACAGAUGAAGGUUGUUCUGCUCUGACUUCAGCUCUUAAAUCAAAACCAUCACACCUGAUAGAGCUGAACCUCAGUAAGAAUAAAGUAGGAGACUCUGGAGUAAAAAACCUCAGUGAUCUACUGAUGAACCCACAAUGCAAACUGAAAAUACUAGAUCUGAAUGAAUGCAGUAUUACAGAGGAACAGGGUGUCAUCCUGACUUCAGCUCUGAAAUCAAACCCAUCACAUAUGAGAGAUAUGAGCCUCAGUGUGAAUCAAAUAAAAGACACAGGAGUGAAUCACUUGUGUGACGUACUGAAGGAUUCACACUGUAAAUUGGAGAGUUUGUGGUUAAAAGGCUGUGAAAUGACAGAUGAAGGUUGUUCUGCUCUGGCUUCAGCUCUGAAAUCAAACCCAUCACACCUGAGAGAUCUGAGCCUCACUGAGAAUAAAAUACGAAACACAGGAGUGAAUCACUUGUGUGAUGUACUGAAGGAUUCAAACUGUAAACUGGAGAGUUUGUGGUUAAGAGAUUGUGAUCUGACAGUUGAAGGUUGUUCUGCUCUGACUUCAGCUCUGAAAUCAAACCCAUCACACAUGAGAGAGCUGAGCCUCAGUCUGAAUGAACUUGGAGACUCUGGAGUGAAAAACCUCAGUGAUCUACUGAUGAACCCACAAUGCAAACUGGAAAAUCUACAUCUGAAUGAAUGCAGUAUUACAGAGGAACAUUGUGUCAUCCUGACUUCAGCUCUGAAAUCAAACCCAUCACACCUGAGAGAGCUGCACCUCAGUGUGAAUCAAAUAAGAAACACAGGAGUGAAUCACUUAUGUGACGUACUGAAGGAUUCACUCUGUAAACUGGAGAGAUUGAGUCUAAUAGGCUGUAGCAUUACAGAUGCUUCUUCUUUAACUCAGUGUUUCACAAACACAAAAGCACUGCCGUUUUUAAAAGAGCUUGAUCUGAGAUGCAAUUUGAUCAGAGACUCAGAGCAACUCGAGAGACUUGAUACAAGAAUCAAACUGUGAACUGAGGUGAAACAGAUUGAGAAGAUGUAAGAGCAGAGAUGAAGUGAAUUAACAAGAGUAUAUAGAAGUCUUCAGUAUAAGGACUACAAUCAUAAUGAUAUUGUGAUUAAACUCAUCCAUAUUAAAGAAAUUAAAAUAUUGCUAAUCAUAACUGUGAUUGCCAAAUUUAGUACAAAUUUAGUCCAAUUUAUCAAGUGAUAUAAACUGAAAAGUGAAUGUUAAAUUGUUGUAAGCUACAUGUUGUGAUGUUUGGAAUCAAGACGACAGGGUGGUAGAUCCAAAUGCAAGCUUUUAUUAAAAUGAGUGUAGUCGUACAGGCAGAGGUCAAACACCAGCAAACAUAUACAAGAGGGCAAGGCAAAGGAGUAAUCCAAAUCAUAGGCAAUGGUCAAGUUAGGCAGCAAACGAUCAUCAAACAAGAAAAACAGUCCAGGGUUUAAAAACAAAGGCAAGGCUAGGCAAGGCUAGGCUAGGCUAGGCUAGGCUAGGCUAGGCUAGGAAACACGGAGACAAGGUCGGAUACAGGGCUAAACAAUACUCAGCGAUGUGUGUGUUUGAGUGCAGCUUAUAAAGUGUCACUGAUGGGAAACAGGUGUGUGUGUAUGAUUGGUUCCUAGAUGGGGAAUUGUGGGAAAUGUAGUCCAGAGUGAUGUGUGACUGUGUGUCAUGAAAAGGUAAUUGUGGGAAAUGUAGUCCGGAGUGAUGUGUGACUUUGGCUGCAUCCGAAACCGUAUACUCACUUGAGUAGGUACUUAAUUUGAAUAGUACUUACUUAACGAGCACUAAAAGAGUAGGUAAUAUAUAGCCUGAUCUCGUUAAGUAUGAAUGCGAUCCAGAGAUCAUCCGCCAUGUUGACGUUAUCAUGUGACCUAUGAAGUUAUCACAAGCGCAACAACUUAAAAGAUAUGAGUGACAGGUUUAAUUCAUCUAUCUGUAAAUAUCUUGAUAUUGAUUAAACUUGCUCAUUUUGUGGUCUUGAAGAAAGAGCUGCCCAUUAAUUUUGUGAUUGUAGUAUAACCGAUGCAUUUGGGGUUAAUUGAGUAGGGUUUUUUUUUUAGCCAUGUGACCAACAGGUUUACCCUUAAAGAUAUUUUUUUUUAUAAUGAAAACCCAAAAUCAUGAUAUAAUAAUAAUAAUAUGUACAUUUUCAUCCACAAGCAAAAGUGCCUUAAAUCUUCUGUUUUCCUUUUUCUUGUUGAAUUUAACUGUCGUUUCAUCCCUCAGGCUUAUAAAUAAAAAAAUAAAUUUAAAAAGCUUUAUGAUCAAUUAUUCAGAUAUUUAACCUUGUCAUUGUGCUUUUUUUCUGUGUAAUCUCAUACUAUGAUGUACAUAAACCCAUGAUAUUUGAUUUUUGUCAUUAUGAUUGUUCAUUGUUAAAGAUACAACCAUGGUAUUUACCCUGAUCUUGUAGUUCUGCAAUAAUAAUAAAAAGAUAUAAGUGACAGGUGCAAUAAAACCUCAUACCAUAGUGAAAAAA